UCAAACCAGACCUGCAAAUUAUUUCUCCGUCCAAUUUCCACUCUCCACUGUCCUGUCCUGUCUCCAUCUUCCUAUAAGUCUUUGUCCUAUAAUGGGAAUGUCAUUUUUCUUCAAUUUCUUCUUUCUUCUCUCUGUUUUACAAUUUUUCCACAAGGUCUAAUUCAGCUUUUCAUGUUUAUCUUCUAUCUGGAAAGAUUUUUUGCUCAUUUUCAAGAAUUGGGUCCCUACCUGUUAAUCUCGUAACCAACUCCAUAUAAUUAUUCAAGCUUCUUGCUUUCUUUCUUUCUUUCUUUCAGCUAAAAUUCUCUACUUUCCUCACUAAUGGACAAGAUUAAUUUACUAAUCGAGAAACAGAGUCGCCUUUCAUUUUUGAGCCUACAGUUAUUGAAUUUUUUUCUCUGAGUAUCCACGUUCUUUUAGCUUGAAUUACUUAUUGUUAAAAACUGGGUCUUUAGUCUCAAGGACAAUGGCUAUUCCAUUUUUCUGGUUCGUUUUCAUAUUGGUAUUUGUCAAUGCUUCUGUUUCCUGCCAAAGGCCUAAAGUUGUAAAUAUAGGUGCAGUUUUUACUUUUGAUUCUGUUAUUGGUAGAGCUGCAAGGCCAGCAAUGGAAACUGCGGUGUCUGAUAUUAAUGCGGAUGCAAGAAUUCUCAAUGGGACAGAGUUAAAGUUGUUCAUGGAAGAUGCAAACUGUAAUGUCUUCUUGGGUUCUGUUGGAGUUUUUCAGCUGCUUGAGAAUCAUGUAGUAGCUAUUAUUGGUCCCCAGUCCUCUGGAAUGGCUCAUAUGAUUUCUCAUAUUUCAAAUGGUCUCCAAGUGCCCCAAAUUUCCUAUGCUGCUACUGAUCCAACUCUAUCUGCCCUGCAAUUCCCCUUUUUUGUGCGAACCACACAAAGUGACUCUUAUCAGAUGGCUGCAAUAGCAGAUUUGAUUGAUUUUUAUGAGUGGAAAGAAGCCAUUGCUAUCUAUGUGGAUGAUGAUUAUGGAAGGAAUGGCAUAGCUGCUUUGGAUGAUGAAUUUGCAAAGAAAAUGUCAAAACUGCGCAAAUUGGAGUUGUCGGUUAACUUUGAUGAAACUGAGAUAACGGAUUUGCUCAAGAAAUCCAAACUGCUUGGUCCUCGUGUUUAUGUUGUUCACCUUAAUGCAGACCCCAAAUUCAGAAUCUUUACCAUUGCCAAAGAGCUUCAGAUGAUGACUAACAAAUAUGUUUGGCUUGCAACAGAUUGGCUUUCUACUGCUAUAGACUCAUUCUCUUGGAUGAAUCAAACAUCACUUAGAACUCUUCAAGGAGUAGUUGGGCUUCGUCAACAUAUUCCUGAGUCUAGCCAGAAGAAAGCUUUUAUGUCUAGAUGGAGGGAAAUGCAUCAGAAUGGGUCAGUAAGUUCUGCAUUGAAUAUAUAUGGACUUCAGGCUUAUGAUACAGUUUGGUUAGUUGCAAAUGCAAUCGAUAAGUUCAUCGAUGAAUUCAACAAUAUAACUUUCACUUCCAGUGACAUGCUAGGUGAGUUGGAAACAUCUGAACUACGGCUGGGAGAGCUCAAAGUCUUUACUGGUGGAAAUGAUCUGCUAAACAAAAUAUUGCAUAUGAACUUCACUGGUUUAAGUGGUCACUUUCGAUUUAAUCAAGAACGGAACAUUGAGAGUGGUGGCUAUGAUGUCAUUAAUAUUGAUCACAUGUCUAUUCGUACAGUUGGUUAUUGGUCUAAUAGCUCAGGUUUAUCAACUUUACCUCCACAGAAUCACCAAGGCGAACAAGCUAAUUAUUCCCGUCUGGAUCAGAAGCUUCGUACCAUUACCUGGCCCGGUGGAACUGUUGAUAGGCCACGUGGUUGGGUAAUUGCUGACAACGAAAGACCAUUGAGAAUUGGAGUGCCAUAUAGGGCCAGUUUUGUUGAGUUUGUAACUGAAAACAAGAGCCAUAUAGUUGAAGGAUAUUGUAUAGAUGUGUUCCUUGCAGUGAGGAGACUAGUCCCGUAUGAUGUACCUUUCAAGUUUGAGAUCUUUGGGGACGGCCGGUCCAAUCCCAAUUAUAACGAGCUAAUACAGAGGGUGGCAGAUGGUGUAUUUGAUGCAGCUGUUGGAGAUAUUGCAAUUGUAACAAACCGUACAAAAAUAGUGGAUUUUUCUCAGCCUUAUGCUGCUACUGGCCUAGUCAUUGUCGCACCAAUCAGAAAUUCAAAAUCAAGUGCUUGGGUAUUUCUUAAACCAUUUACGGUGGAGAUGUGGUGUGUCACAGCAGCUUCUUUUGUGAUGAUUGCUGUUGUUAUUUGGAUUCUUGAACAUCGAGUCAAUGAUGAUUUCAGGGGUCCUCCCAGAAGGCAGAUCGUAACAAUGUUCUUGUUCAGCUUCUCGACUCUAUUCAAGACAAACCAAGAAACUACUGUAAGUCCUCUUGGACGCUUGGUAAUGGUAGUAUGGCUUUUCCUGUUGAUGGUAUUAACUGCAAGCUAUACAGCAAGUUUGACUUCAAUCCUUACAGUUCAGCAGCUUUCAUCACCCAUUGCUGGAAUUGACAGUUUGAUUUCAAGUAGCUGGCCUAUUGGAUACCAAGUAGGAUCAUUUGCUUAUGGCUACCUAUCUGACAGUCUUUACAUAUCUCGUUCUAGACUUGUUCCUCUUGGGACCCCAGAGGAGUAUGAAACAGCAUUGAGGCUAGGGCCUAAUAAUGGAGGGGUGGCUGCAAUUGUAGAUGAGCUUCCAUAUGUAGAGCUGUUUCUUUCAAAACAAAGCGAGUUCGGCAUUAUUGGGCAGCCAUUUAGCAGGGGUGGAUGGGGAUUUGCUUUUCAAAGAGAUUCUCCACUUGCUAUUGACAUUUCUACUGCAAUUUUAAAACUUUCCGAGACUGGAGAGCUUCAAAGGAUCCAUGCGAAGUGGUUCUGCAAAAUGGGAUGUCCUGGAGAGAAGAGAGGAAAAUCUGAGCCUAACCAACUUCAUUUGAUCAGUUUCUGGGGUCUAUAUCUUCUGUGUGGUAUCUUCACUCUUGUUGCUGUUCUAGUAUUUCUACUUCGAGCCGUCCGCCAAUUUGUGCGCUACAAACGGAGGCAAAUGCAAGUAGCUUCUCCAUCCCCAAUUUCAUCAACAACUCGCUGUUCUCAGGUUAUUUUUCACUUUUUCGACUUUAUUGAUGAGAAAGAAGAAGCUAUCAAGAAAAUGUUCAAUCAGAGUGAGAAUCCUGCACACCAAAUGAGCACCCAAAGAUCAAAUAUUUCUUCGGAAGACAUUAGAGGAUCUGCCAAUGGUUCUGGUUGAAGAGUUUGACAUUGAGUAGCUACCCAGUUCUUGUAUGUAGUCAUUAUAGCAUUAAUAUAGAGAACCAUGCAUUAUUGAUAAAUUGUAAAUUAUAUUUUCAUAGUGUAAACAUGGUAUUCAAUAAUAUUGUAGGUACCUGAUAGACUUCAAGAUAUCGAAGACUACUUUUUAAUAAGUGAUUGAAUCUACUUGCAGGGACUCGAAGGCCUCAGACAAACAGGCCUAGGAGAUGGUGGAGUAAGAGACUGGCUGUGAGGAGGCUGUUAGAUGGGAUAGCUGUGGGUCUGGAGGUUCUGGUUCUUCCUGCUGCUCUGGGUCUGGAGGUUUUAGUUCUCCCAGCUGCCUUAGUUCCUCCACUGUGGGACGGAUUGAUUCUACCUGCAGGCUUGAAGGGCUCGGACAAACAGGUUUAAGAAACGGUGGAGUAGGAGACUGACUACAGGGAGGUUGUUAUCUGGCUCCUUGCAGCCAGUUUCCUACUCCACCGUCUCCUAAGCCUGUUUGUUUGAGGCCUUCGAGGUAGAAUCAAUCCAUCCUACAGUGAAGGAACUAAGGCAGCUGGGAGAACCAGAACCUCCAGACCCGCAGUUAUCCCAUCUAACAGCCUCAUCCCAGCUAUCCCAUCUAAUCGCCUCUCGCAGCUAGUUUUCUACUCCACCAUCUCCUAGGCCUGUUUGUCCGAGGCCUUCAAGCCCCUUGUUAGUUGAGCAAUUUACUUUUUCUUCUUUA